UGUGUAUGAGAGAGAGAGAGAGAGAGAGAGAGAGGGGGACGAAAACGAGAAAGAAGCCAUUCCGAAGCUUCCACGUAGAGAACCAUCUGGCAGAGAGCAUCCCAGAUACGCACGUAGGUGGACGGAACGCUUUGACAAAACCACUCGAGGAGAGAAUCCGGGCAAGAAAGGCCGAAGACAAAACCAAAACGUGCUGAAAAAUAAAAUCGGUAUGGAGAGCCUGCUGGAUAACCCAAUGAAAGCCGUGUUGUAUUUAAAGGAACUCACGACCAUUGUGCAGAACCAGCAGAGCUUGAUCCAGACUCAGCGUCUGCGAAUCGACGAGCUCGAGCGAAAGGUGGAGGACCUGAUUGGAGAGAACCGCCAGCUGCGGGACCCGCAUCAGUCCUACCACCACCCCCACCAUCACCACCCGUCACCCCGCAGUGCAAGCCCUCAGCCGCCCGUCCACCUACACCAGCAUACCGCGGCCAACAAAGCAGGGGUUUAUCCUAGCCAGCAGCCGCAGCAGGUCGCUUCUCUGUCGGCACAACCCCCUCAGCAUCCUCCCCCUCCGCAUCCUUCGGUUCACCAUCCGCAGCAGCUGCAGCUGGUGCCCACCUCCCCCCCGUCUCCCAAAGCCAGCCAGAGCAGCCCCGAAUUCGCGGAGGAGGACAAGAAAAGCUCGGCGUGCUGCAAGUCUCUGGUCCCACAAACACCUACGACUCUGUGCCGCUCCAUAGGACUCGCUAGAAAAGCAGAGAACCAGACUGUGCUGCACCAGUUCUGCUGCCCGGCCCCAGAGGCCCCAGAGGGGGAGUCCUCGGCCUGUGUCCCCAGCGACGACCUUCCUCCAGACUCACCCUCAAGGGAGGAGGGAGAGAGAGAGGGAGAGGGGGAACCCCAGUCCCAGACCGAACCCCAGCAACCUGAGCCCCAAGCCCAGCCCGAACCUGAACCCCAGUCACAGCCCAAGCCCGAAGGCCCAACAAGCAUUGGGGAAGCACAGCAGGAAGUCCCUCCUGCUGCUUCCCCCUCACCUAGUAAAGGGGAGCCCGAGCAGGAGGGGGAGCGAGGACAGGAGGAGCAGGAGGACAGAAUGCAGGAGGAGGUGGUGGAGCCGCGGGAGCAGCGGCAUGAGGGAGAGGAGGAGGAGGGGGCAGGGGCCCGGGGGGGAGCGACUGGGAGGAGGGCCAGCCUCCAUCACACGGCCUCCCCCAUGAGGGUGCAGCGCAACGGGGCCUGUUCUCACUCCACCACCUCCGACUACGAGCUCUCGCUCGACCUCAAAAAUAAGCAGAUCGAAAUGUUAGAACACAAAUACGGCGGCCAUCUCAUCUCUCGCCGCGCCGCCACCAAGAUCCAAACAGCCUUCCGCCAGUACCAGCUCAGCAAAAACUUUGAGAAGAUCCGCAACUCCCUGCUGGAGAGUCGCCUGCCGCGCCGCAUCUCUCUGCGUAAGGUGCGCGUGCAGAACGCGGAGGGUUUCUCUGCCGAGCGGGCGCUGGCCGAAGGCUGCAGCCUGGCGGGCAUUCCCCUGGUGCGCUCGCCGUCGCUGCCCACCACGGUGGGUGCCACCCUGACCGACCUGGAGGACUCGUUCACCGAGCAGGUGCAAUCCUUGGCCAAGUCCAUCGACGACGCCCUGAGCAACUGGAGCCUGAAGACCAUGUGCUCGCUCCAAGAGGGAGGGACGUACCAGUUCAGCGCCGAAUCCUUCAGCGCGGCCGGGGCCGGGGGAGGGGUGGGGCCUGGGGGAGGAGGAGGGUCUGGGGGAGGAGUGGAUCAUGCCAUUCUACAGAGCCUGGCGGGGGGGGAGAUUCCGGGCGACCUUCCCCGCAGUGCCAGCAAGCUGCUGAUGGCCUUCCGUGACGUGACGGUUCAGAUUGACAACCAGAACUUCCGCAUGUCCUCCUCGGUGAUGGAGUCCUCCGCCUCCGUCUCCCUGGGCAACUGUGUCCAGCAGCCGCAGGGAGGUGCGGCCGCCACCGUUACCCAGAUCACACCCGCCGACUCUGCCCCAAGCGUUCCCCCACCCUCACCCCCUAAAGAACCCUCCCCUCCUCCCCCCGAAGAGGUCCCCGCUGAACCUACAGACCCGCCUGUCCCUCCCCAAGAGCCCCCUCCACCUCCAGAACCCGUGAUAGAAGGAGAGGUGCAGGACGUCGACUUCCCCGCUCCUCCGCCUAGCGAAGAGGAGCUGGAGGAGGAGGAGGAGGAGGGCCAGCAACCCCCCAUGACCCCUCUAGACAAACUAGCCAACCCCUGGACACCGGAGGUGGUAAUCCAGCCCAUCCAGGCACCUCAAGCCCAGGAUGGUGUGCCGUCGGUGGGAUCCCCGUUCACCGAGGCCCUGGAGGCCAAGCGGAGCGGCUCAGAGACCGCCGAAACCAGCUCGGAGCAGAUGAGUAGCAGCAGCACGUCCACGGAGGCACGCUCAGCGUCUGAGGCGUCAUCCAAGGAGGCGCUGCAGGCCAUGAUCCUCAGCUUGCCACGCUACCACUGCGAGAACCCGGCUAGCUGCAAGUCGCCCACGCUCUCCACUGAUGUCAUGCGCAAACGCCUCUACCGCAUCGGCCUCAACCUGUUUAAUGUUAACCCAGAUAAGGGUCUACAGUUCCUGAUCUCCAGAGGCUUCAUCCCGGACACUCCCAUAGGCGUGGCUCACUUCCUGCUGCAGAGAAAGGGUCUCAGUAGGCAAAUGAUUGGAGAGUUCCUGGGCAACAGCAAGAAGCCCUUCAACAGAGAUGUCCUGGAUUGUGUGGUGGAUGAGAUGGACUUCUCAGGAAUGGAGUUGGACGAGGCUCUGAGAAAGUUUCAAGCUCACAUCAGGGUCCAGGGAGAAGCCCAGAAGGUGGAGAGGCUGAUCGAGGCCUUCAGCCAGCGGUACUGCAUGUGUAACCCCGAGGUGGUGCAGCAGUUCCACAACCCCGACACAAUCUUCAUCCUGGCCUUCGCCAUCAUCCUCCUCAACACUGACAUGUACUCGCCGAACAUCAAGCCCGACCGCAAGAUGAUGCUGGAGGACUUCAUUCGCAACCUCCGGGGCGUGGACGACGGAGCAGACAUCCCCAGAGACAUGGUGGUGGGAAUCUAUGAGAGGAUCCAGCAGAGGGAGCUACGCUCCAAUGAGGACCACGUCACCUACGUUACCAAGGUGGAGCAGUCUAUUGUGGGCAUGAAGACGGUUCUCUCUGUUCCCCACAGGAGAUUGGUGUGCUGUAGCCGUCUGUUUGAGGUGACAGACGUCAACAAAGCCCAGAAACAGGCGGCCCACCAGAGAGAAGUCUUCCUCUUCAAUGACCUCAUUGUGAUCCUGAAGCUCUGUCCAAAGAAGAAGAGUUCAGCAGCCUACACCUUCUGUAAAGCCAUGGGGCUGCUGGGAAUGCACUUCCAGCUCUUUGAGAACGAGUACUACCCCCAUGGCAUCACCAUUGUCUCGCCCUUCGGCUCAGACAAGAAGCAGGUGCUUAACUUCUGUGCCCAGAGCGCCGAGGAGCUGCUCAAGUUUCUGGAAGAUCUGAAGGAGUCCAUUGCUGAGGUGUCAGAGAUGGAACAGAUACGCAUUGAAUGGGAGUUGGAGAAACAACAGGGCUCCAAGGGCCUCUCAGCAAAGAACAAUGGCACUCUGGAGCUACGUGGCAAACAGAGCUCCCCAUCAGGCAAGCAGGACCAAGAUGAUAAAGGUGGACACAAUGCAGUGGAGGUGUCAAUUCACAACAGGCUUCAGACGUACCAGUUCAGUGGGAGCGGGAGCUUGCCCCGGAGCCCCGAGAGCGUCCGAGUCCUUCUUAACCACCAGGGGGAGCCCUUCCAGCAACCGCAGCUCCAGUCGGCCGCCAGCACUCCCCUCCACCACCUGCGGCAUCUCCAGCCGAUCGGCCCGGGCGACCUGCGGCCCGACACGCUCAUUCAGUGCCAGCAGAUCGUCAAGGUGAUCGUCCUGGACAACAGCGGCCACGGCCGCGUGGAGGCCUUCCUCGGCCACACGCCCACCCACGCCCAUCAUCUUCAUCAUCAUCAUCGCGCUCAUCACCACCAGGUUGUCCAGUCGGCCGCCUCUACCCCCGUGAGGUCGCCGGAGAGCAAGGACGGCCACCAGCCCCCUUUGCCGCCUCCCCCACCCCCCUACAACCACCCCCACCAGUACAUCCCGCCAGUGGACUCCCGCCUCAGCCUCCACAGGACUCCCAGUGGCUCCCGUAGCCUGAUGUAAAUAGGAGGCGCCAAUGAACUGAUUACCCUCACCCACCUCACCCAUCAGCCCAUCCACACUCACCCCACCAUGUGGCUAACAGUGCAUAUGUACAUAUGUACAUACAUAGACGAAGCUAUUGAGAAAAAAAAAAAAGAGAAACACAUCUAUAUGCAUAUAUUUAAUGAAUUAAGGACAAAAGAAGAAUCGAGGCAAAGAUGUAAAAAGAGUUGAUGAUGUGAAAUAACUUCACCAGGAAAAACACAAGCAGAAAAAUAUACAAAUUGUACUUGUUUCAUGUGUAUUUUCAAAUAUUAUGUAGUUUUAACAAAUUUAUAUAACAGUUUUGUCUGUUUUAAACUCUUUUAUUCUAGAUAAUAUGUCUGGUUUCUUUAGUUUUCCAGAUGGAUCCUUAGUAGUUAAGGAAGGAUGUAGUAUAAAAUCCAUCACCAACCAACUACAUUCAAAUGGAUUCCACAGAAUAUGUGACUGGACUCCAAAAUGUCACCUCAUAUAACAACCACUAUUGUUCGCUUGUACCAUUCAUAGCCUAACCUCAUCAACCCCCAAUGUGUGUCUGUGCAUUUGGUUGACAGUGAAUGAACAAUGCGUGUGCCAAAAGGACAGAAACCUCCACCAAACUGACUAUUUUGCACUCCACAAGUGCUAGGGCUAGAAGAAAACUAGAAGAAAACUCCUUUGCUUCAGGACAGCUGUCCUCGAAUUAGAGCCAGUGAUGUUUCAGUGCAACGUGUCUCGUUUGCCAUGUGGUUGAUUUAUUCGUUGAGAUGGGAGACGUUUCUCCCUCUCUGUGUUUGUCUCUCUCUGUCUGCUUACUAAAACACCUGUGUUCUGAUAAGGUGUAGUUGUCACAACUGUGUCCAUGAUGUUGUUUUUCCCUCUUUUCUAUCGCCAGCCAACACGCUCUACUCACCCACUAUCACACUCCACAGAUACCCUCUUCACUUACUGAAGCUGAGGAUGAUGGGAUAUGAAGGCAAGGUAACCGAUCAGGCUUACUGCCAAACCAAAAAGCCAAUGACAGCCCGGGGAAUAAGCUCCGUGUUUUUGUUAUAUUCAGCUCAGGAAUUAUUGGCGUACAUGUUCUGGAGUGCUUGAGAAUCCAUAUUUACUGUGUACUUGUACUGUUAUCUUGAAAUAGAGCAGAACUAGGAUCAGGAAACAUUCUAUGUCCUAAUUAUAACAAACCAGGACUGGAUCUUGUCGAGACUUCUGCCAGUUGUCUAAUGUCUACAAAUACAGAUGAACCAAAAUAAAAUGUCAGUAUUUUUGGGUG